AUGGCCAAGCGCCUUCUGCAUCACCCUAUUUUCCUCCACUUCCCUUCUACCCCGGUGUUUGGGGGUGCUGCGUCGAUGGAGGUCCUCUCGUUCAGGGCCGUUGCCCGCAAACAAGCCGCUGUUAGGCAGUUCUCAUCAUCCAAAUCAUGGCGACAAUACAAAGAUAAUAAUAAUUCAGAAAACCCUAAAUCUGGGUCUUGGUCCCGUCUGCGAUUCGCACUGCGAAACACCAAGGUGGAAUGGUACCCGAUCCCUGUUGGAUUGGGAAUUGGAUUGCUCGGAUUGCUACAUUUCUACAAGUCUCAGCGGGGUGAACGUGAUCGUGCUGUUACAGACGACGACUGGGAGAAUGGGAGCAAACCUCCCCCGCCGCCCCCGAGUCGUUCCAUCUGGUUCUUGGCAGGUGCAGAUCAUGUCGACUCUACCCCUGAAGGCCAUGUCGCGACUAUGGGCGAAGUCGCAGAGCCGGAUCUGCACGUUUACCCGAACCUGGCGGCUUUCUUUUAUCGCAAGUUGAAGCCCGGCGUGCGCCCGCUCGACCCCGACCCACACGCUCUCCUUUCCCCUUCAGAUGGCCGGAUCUUGCAGUUUGGUAUAAUUGAGCGGGGCGAGGUGGAGCAGGUGAAGGGAAUGACAUAUAGCUUGGAUGCUUUGUUGGGUUCAGCUACACCUUCUCACGCCGACAACAGCAAACGACUUAGCGACGACCACCAGGAGCAAGCCCAAAAAGAUGCUGCGAACAUGAAAACUGAUGAGGAGUUUGCCUUGGUAAACGGGAUCUCUUACACCGUGCCAACCUUGCUUUCUGGCGAUCGCGAUGCACCAGCCAAACGACGGGCAUCAAUCGACGCCUCUACUACAUCCAAGACCACAUCGGAGGUACAAGUACAGGAGGAAUUGGCUCUCGGCGAUGGUCAGCCAUGGUACUCGCCUAAGACGGCUACAAACCAUGCGCUGUUCUAUUGCGUGAUCUACUUGGCACCGGGAGACUACCACCGCUUCCACUCCCCCACCGCGUGGGUUGUGGAAAGUCGUCGCCAUUUUGCAGGCGAGCUGUACUCGGUCUCUCCCUACCUACAACGCCAUCUCCCCGGUCUGUUUACCCUCAACGAACGUGUGGCACUGCUUGGCCGCUGGCGAUGGGGUUUCUUCAGUUACACGCCGGUGGGUGCGACCAAUGUGGGCUCAAUUAAAAUCAACUUCGACUCGGAACUACGCACCAAUAGUCUUCUGACUGAUACCGCCGCGGACUUGGCAGCGGCCUUGGCAGCCAAGCGGGGUGAGCAAGAUCCUGGCUUCGUUGAGGCUACCUACCGUCAUGCCAGUCGCACCCUGGGAGGACAUCCCUUACAGCGUGGAGAGGAGAUGGGAGGCUUCCAAUUGGGAAGUACUGUUGUCCUCGUUUUUGAAGCACCACUGGGUUCCAAUCCCUCCGUAGAGUCAGGAUCUCCCGACCAGAAGCCAGAUGGAUGGACCUGGAGUGUUGAAAAGGGCCAGCGGAUUAAAAUGGGUGAAAAGCUGGGGUUUGUAGGUGAGGCCUGA